AUGAACCUAAUACAUUCACCUGAAGAACUUUUUGAAAAUUUACUGUAUGAUUUUCUGAACAAGAAAGGAUUGCCAAGAACUGCUGAGGCAUUCCUAAAUGAAACUCAACUUGCUGGACAAAUUCCCGAUGAGUUUAAUCAACAUGAACAUCCACAUGGAUUCUUGUACGGCAUUUGGACUACGUUCUGUUACAAGUAUAACUCUAGGCAAUACAUACCAGGAACCUUGAUCAGUGAGAGUCAGGCCCCAGAUAUUGGUGCUAUAAUGGACUCUACCCCUCAAAUACUCCAAGAAGGAUAUACUAUUCAACUUCUUUCAAGUUUUCCAAGAGAUGGUCCAUGGAACACUCUUCAUUCCUGCGAUUUUUCAUCAGAUGGAAAGAUUGUAGCAAGUGGUGGGCUUGGUGGGGGGAAGCCUUUCCUUUGCUACUUGGAUUCCAAAGAUUCUGUAACUACAUCCGAAUCACAUUCAUCUUCCAUCUCCGAAGUUAGAUUUCAACCAGGGUCAACUAUAUUUGCAACAUCUUCUCGUCAUACAGUAAGAUUAUGGGAUGCAGAAAGAGAAAGACUUGGGAGAUCAGUGUUAGAUUUUGUUGAACAUAAAGGGACAGUAAGAUCAUUGGACUUCCACCCAUCAAAAGGAAUUCUUUGCUCGUCUGAUAGCCACGAUGAAAUUAAAGUAUGGGAUCUCAUUGAAAGUAUCAUGGUUAAAGAGUUUAAGGAAAACGGAAGCAUAGUGAGAUUUCAGCCUGGAUCUGGGACACUUUUGGCAGUUGCUAAUAAAAAUGUUCUCAACAUACUUGAUUUCGAGAAUUCUACUGUUGUGAAACGUUUUCAGGGACAUGUCGAAAAUAUCUGUUCCAUAUGUUGGGAUGUCACUGGAAAUUGGAUUGCCUCUGCCAGUGAAGAUGAAGUACGCGUCUGGUCGCUUGUGAUGGACGAACCAUAUGUGUGGUUAUCAGAUGGGAAGAAGUUGAAGUCCAUCAUAUUCCAUCCUCGAUACCAUAACGUCUUAGUUAUUGGUAGUUCAAAGGGCAUGGACUUGUUACUGUUAGAUAUUGAUGUGGGAUUACGUAUGAAACAAGUCUAUAAUUUACCAACUAUCGGACUAGCAGCUUGUGCGCAAAAUGAAUACAUUGCAUCAACUACAAGCACAACUAGCAAUGAUUCUGUGGUCAACAUAUGGAAAUGAAGUUGUAGUUAAUGUCUCUUUUCUUUGGUAAAAUUCCUACCUUGCUUCAGUUUUAGGAUUUGUUAGAUGAUCUUGCUGAAAUCAGUUUAGUCUAUCGAACAUCAAAUGCGAGAGAUGGGCUUGGAUCCUACGGAAAGAGCGAAUAGCUUUUACCUUAUCUCUUUUUUUCACGACCUGCUGAUAUACAGACAAAUUAGAGGUCAUGGUGAACAUAGAACACUAUGCUUAAUUUGUUUUUUCAAUUUCUGUACCUAUUUGGAUGCAAGUAGUAUAGAUUUUCUUUUUCUCUCUUUUACAAUGAUUUUACUUU